UACACGGUGGAUAUCACUCUUGGGGGCCAGAAUUUCACCGUCCUUCUUGACACCGGGUCCACGGACCUGUGGAUCAACGCGCAAGGACGCAAUGUUGCUUUGACCAACACGUCCAGCCUCAUCGCUACCGAAGUGUACGGGCAAGGAGCAGUGCAAGGAAACAUUGCUUUUGCGGAGUUGAAGGUCGGAAACUAUGUCGUACCCUCACAGGCCUUUGUCAAUGCUACGCGGAUCGUGAACAUGACUACCACGGUCGAUGGUUACAUGGGCAUGUCAUUUGACGUGUCCAACAUCUUCAGCACGGUCGCGCAAGCAUGGGGAAACGAGAGUGCUCAAACACUCGGCCGCUCGUUCAUCACGAACCUCUUCGCCCAGAACACCUCGCUACCCAAUAACUUCGAUAUUCAACUUGGCCGCACGGAGCAGAUGGACGAGGAUGGCGCUGGAACCUUCAUCGUCAGCGGACACUCCGCUGCCUUCGGGGACGUUAGCGACGCGCCCAAGCUGCCGCGAGUGGUGUCGGAUCGAUGGGCAGUCGUCAUGGACGAGAUGAGGAUCAACGGGGAGAAGUUCUCGUUCAACCAGUCUUCCGUCCCAGGAGUGCCCGAGGGCAAAGUCGCUGCCGUCAUGGACAGCGGCUUCUCGCUGCCCCCUCUUCCCCCGGCUGCUGUUGACGCCAUCUACAAGUCAGUCCCAGGUGCGGUGUUCUCGCAGGCGGCUGGCGGCUACGUUAUCCCAUGCAAUUCGAGUACCAUACUCUCCUUCGUGUUCGGAGGCCAAGAGUUCCUUGUUCAUCCGCUCGACCUCGCGCUUCCUUUCGCUGUACCUAUCGUGAAGAACGGGGCAACAACCAACGUCACGGUUUGCGUGGCUACGUAUCAGUACCUCAACCUCGACCCCACCCAGUUCGCUGGAUUCGAUCUUAUUCUUGGGGACGCCUUCCUUCGGAACGUCUAUGCAUCAUUCGACUACGGCGACUUCAACCCGAUGACCAACACUUCCGGCACGCCCUUCAUCCAGAUGGUCACCACUGUCGACCCUUAUACCGCGAUGGACGAGUUCUACCAGGAUCGCGCUACAGUUCUCGCCACCCUCCCUCCCACGAUCGAGCCCUCCCAGUUCAUCCAGUACCCCAUCGCGACCGCUGCAAACUCCACUAGCUCGACCGCCUCCCAGGACGACGCCAUCAGCGGUGCGCUAUCUACGGACGACGAUGCAGACAGCACACACUCCAGCUCGGACAAGACAUCGUGGAUCGUGGCGUUCGUGCUGCUCGGGGCUAACUUGCUGGUCGGCCUCGCGCUCUUGGUCGUCACGCUGACGAUGUGCGUGCGCGGGACGAAGGGGAAGAGCGUGGGCUCCCGCUACGUGCCGGUGCGGCUCAAGGAGGCGGACGCGCAUGCGGAACACGACUCGGAGCACGGCGUGCCUCGAUACACAGACGAGGCGUAG